AUUUCCAAAUUCCAAAUUUCCCAAUUCUCCUUCUCCUUCUUCUGUCCUAAAACCCUAUCUAUUUCCCAUGGCUUCUCAAGCUCUCACUGAUUACGAGCGCCAAAGGCUCGAGAACAUUCGCCGCAACGAUGAAAUGAUGGCCGCUCUCAAGCUCCAAUCCAAAGCUUCUGAACUCUCCGCUGCUUCCAAGCGUCAAAGAGUUGAAACCAAAUCGGAAAAGGUUUAUCCGAAAACCAAACCUAAAAACGAGACUCCGAUGGUUUUACGACGCUCUUUGCGCGCUAGAGGAAUUCCCCCCGAUGCCAAAAAGCUUGUAGAUAUAGAUGAUCUUACGGAGUCAGCUACUAAGAUUCGGAAGUCAGAAAUCAAGUCCAAGUCUUCGCCUCGUUUUUUAGGCCCCCUUGAAAUGAUUGAAGUCUGUAGUGAGAGGGAGUCUCAUCCGUCUUUGAUUGAAUCUCUUUUGGGUGCUUUGAGUAAGUCUCUGUUGAGUAGGUCAGGGAAAGAGGAAUUAGUUGAUGACGUUAAGGAUUUUAAAUUGGAGGAAGGGAAUGGGAAUUUCCCGAAUGAGGUAAAGAUCGAAGGAGGGGGAGAUGGGAAUUGUUUGAAGAUGGAGCCUAUUGAUAAUUAUUCGAAUUUAAUUAAGAGGGAGACUGAAGAACUUAUCAGUGACGUUAAAGAUCCCUUGAUGAGUUCGAUUAAAAUGGAACAUAAGAAUGAUGGAAGUUGCUUAAAGCCUGCAUCUUUGGUUCUUAACGCCGACAACAUAGCUCGGGUUGUGCCUGGGAGAAUAAUGGCCGUGAGGUUUUUCCCUUGUCUUGAUUCUAGAAUGAUUGUUGUUGGUAACAAGUUUGGGGAAGUCGGGUUCUGGAAUGCUGAUCACGAGGGUGAGGAAGGAAAUGGAGUUUAUUUAUAUCACCCCCAUUCGGGUCCCAUUUCUGGGAUUUCAAUUCAACGACAUGCAUUGUCGAAGGUUUAUACCAGCUGCUAUGAUGGAUUUAUACGAUUGAUGGACGUAGAGAAAGAGAUAUUUGAUCUUGUAUAUCGUAAUGAAGAUACUAUAUAUUCUCUAGCUCAACAAUCAAAUGAUGCAAACUGCUUAUAUUUUUCUGAGGGUCGUGGAGGGUUGAAUAUAUGGGAUAAAAGGACUGGAAACUGCCCAAUGGAAUGGACGUUGCAUGAAGAUAGGAUCAAUUCCAUCGAUUUUAAUGUAGAAAAUAGCAACAUUAUGGCUACUAGUUCCAGUGAUGGAACUGCCUGUAUUUGGGAUUUGAGAAGUGUUAGUGAUGAAAAGCCCCAAACCUUGAAGAUGAUCACCCAUAAAAGGGCGAUUCAUUCUGCUUACUUCUCGCCCUCUGGACGCUUCCUUGCAACUACUAGUUUUGACGACACUGUUGGUAUAUAUGGUGGAGUUAACUUUAAAGAUACUUCGCUCAUACCGCAUGAUAAUCAGACAGGCAGAUGGAUUUCUUCUUUCAGGAGAAUGUUCAAGCAUGACAUACUAAAGCAAAGUGAAGAAAGUAUCCAUGCAGAAAAUAAAGUUAUGAUGGUCCACAGGCCAUACUUCCCCUCGGGAACUACUCUGAAAGGUUGAACCAUGAUGUGUCACAACCCAACAUUGUUAGAGAAAAUAGGAAUAAUAAUAAUCAUAAACAUAUGAAGGUGUAGAGGAGAUUGCAGCUUCAAGAAAAGGGCCAGAACUGUGUAGGUAAAAAUGAGUUGAGGGCACCUUUUCGGAGAAUGAGAUUAUAAAGAAGAAGCAAAAAUUAUCAAGAGAUUCCGAGGAAAAUGCAUAUUAUAUGGACCUGGUGUAUUUUGAUUUCCAACUGACUGAAGUUUCUUGAAGAGUUACUGUAAUUACUCCGGUCACUAAAGUGAUAAUAAAUUAUUAUUAUAAAAUAAUAAUUAAAGAAGGCACUUAUGUCCUUUUCUUGUUUUUUAUCAAGAGGCUGAGAGAGAGAGAACUGUUGUUUAAAAUAUUAUUAAUGUAGUGAUCAUUGGUGAUUUCCUCUCCAUCCCAGUACAUACUUUUAUUGUAUUUUUUUUUUUCUGAAUCAGUGGACCAUGAACAUUCAUAAUCAGACGGUUAGUCAAGAACAUUCAUCAACAACUGAAUUGAUGACUUAGAUUUUCAAUCUAUCCUACCCCUCAAAAAUAAAUAAUACAGAAGAUGCCAAGCAGAAGCACAUAAUCUUACAAAAGAAGAUACCUGACCACACUUGUCCAAGGUGGUGUGCACGUGUGUGUUUUGGUGUGUGGAUUGUGGU